GAAGAGAAAAAAACAAAAGGGAGCGUGGAAAAAAAAAUUUACCACUCGCACAAAUCUCGCGCUCGGGUUGGCGGCUCCGGCUCGAUCCGCGGCCGAAACCCUAGGUGGAGGUGGUGGUGGUAGUGGGAUUAGGAGUUUGGGAGGUGGGAGGGGGGAUGGCGUCGCCGAGGAACGAGGGGGGCUUCCUGACGCAGGACCAGCGGGAGAAGCUGCGGAUCGCGGUGCAGAACGCCGAGACGCUGUCGCUCGCCUCCCCGCGCUCGCCCACCGGGGGGACCACCUCCGCGCUCCUGCAGCAGUACGAGCAGCAGAAGGAGCAGCAGCGUGCCGCCGCGGCUGCCUUGAGGGGUGGCGGUGGCGGCGGCGGCGGAGGAGGAGGAGGAGGAGGAGGCGGGGUGAGGCACGUGCGGCGGUCGCAUUCCGGGAAGGCCAUCAAGGUGAAGAAAGAUGGUGCUGGUGGCAAAGGUACCUGGGGAAAACUUAUAGAUACGGACACAGCUGCAUGCCUUGACCGUAAUGACCCAAAUUAUGACAGCGAUGAGGAGCCAUAUGAACUAGUUGAAGCCCCUGUUUCAACCCCACUAGAUGACUACAAGAAAUCUGUUGCCCCGAUUAUUGAGGAAUACUUCAGCACUGGUGAUGUUAAAUUGGCUGCUUCUGAUCUGAAAGAGCUGGGUUAUGAUGAUUUCCACCGUUACUUUGUCAAGAAGCUUGUUUCCAUGGCAAUGGACAGGCAUGACAAGGAGAAAGAGAUGGCAUCAGUGCUUUUGUCAUCUCUCUAUGGCGAUGUGAUCAGUUCCACCCAAAUCAGACUAGGCUUUGUGAUGCUGCUAGAGGCUGUUGACGACUUGGCUGUUGACAUACUUGAUGUGGUUGAUGUUCUUGCUCUUUUCAUUGCUCGAGCUGUUGUUGAUGACAUUCUGCCACCUGCUUUUCUCAGCAGGGAAAAGGCUAGUCUCUCUGAGUCUUCAAAGGGGAUGCAAGUUGUACAGAUUGCAGAAAAGAGCUAUCUUUCAGCACCCCACCAUGCGGAGUUACUCGAGCGACGAUGGGGUGGUUCAACUCGCACCACAGUAGAUGCUGUAAAGUUGAGGGUUACUGAUCUACUGAAGGAAUAUAUUAAGAACGGAGAUACAUCUGAGGCAUGCAGGUGCAUCAGAGAAUUGGCGGUGCCAUUUUUUCACCAUGAGGUUGUUAAGCGAGCUCUCACUCUUGGAAUGGAGAGUCCAACUGCAGAAGCUCUUAUUGUCAAGCUUCUGAAGGAAGCAUCUGAGGAAUUGCUGAUAAGCUCUAGUCAGAUGAUGAAGGGAUUUUCUCGUGUUGUGGAUAGUCUUGAUGACUUAUCUCUUGAUAUACCAUCUGCAAAAUCUCAAUUCCAGGCGUUGGUAUCAAAAGCAGUUUCUGAAGGAUGGCUCGACUCUUCGUUUAUACAUUUAGGUGCCAACGGGGAUGUUCAAGAUGAUGAACAUGAGAAGCUGAGGAAGUAUAAGAGAGAGGCUGUGUCUAUGAUUCAUGAGUACUUUCUCUCUGAUGAUGUACCUGAGCUUAUUCGCAGUCUCAAAGAGCUUGGUUCUCCAGAGUACAAUCCAAUUUUUAUUAAGAAGCUUAUAACAAUUGCUAUGGAUCGCAAAAACAGGGAGAAAGAAAUGGCGUCGGUUCUUCUAUCCUCAUUAAGUAUGGAAUUAUUCUCAACAGAAGACAUUGUCAAGGGUUUCAUAAUGCUUCUUGAAUCUGCAGAAGAUACAGCACUUGAUAUAUUGGAUGCUUCAGAUGAGCUUGGGCUGUUCCUAGCCAGAGCAGUAAUUGACGAUGUGCUUGCGCCUCUAAACUUAGAUGAGAUAAGCAGCAAACUUCCACCAAACUGCAGUGGGGCUGAGACAUUGAACAUGGCCCGCUCACUUGCCUCUGCCCGCCAUGCAGGAGAGAGGCUUCUGAGAUGCUGGGGUGGUGGGACAGGAUGGGCUGUGGAGGAUGCAAAGGACAAGAUAGCAAAGCUCCUGGAGGAGUACGAGAGUGGAGGUGAUGUAGGAGAAGCUUGCAACUGCAUCCGUGAGCUGCACAUGCCUUUCUUCAAUCAUGAAGUGGUCAAGAAGGCGCUUGUCAUGGCAAUGGAAAAGAAGAACGAGAGGAUCCUCGGUCUGCUGAAGGAGUGCUUUGGUGAAGGGAUCAUCACCAUCAACCAGAUGACCAAGGGGUUCUCAAGAGUUAGGGAUGGACUUGAUGAUCUGGCUCUUGAUAUUCCUGAUGCCAAGGAGAAGUUCAUGUCCUAUGUGGAGCAUGCCAAGAAGAGCGGAUGGCUUCUACCCUCAUUCGGCGUCGCUGCUUCAGCUUGAGCCAACUUUAUGAGCGAGCAGCAGGAAGCAUCAAAGCUGGACCGAUGAACGAAGCAGAAGGCACAGGCCCCGUAGUGUGACUGUGUGGUGCAUCGAAGAUUCCAGGUUGAUUUUCAUUUGCGUUUCUGAUGCGUAUGUCGUCGUGCUUGCGCGUGCAGGUAGCGGAGCGAGCCCCUCUUGUGGUUGUGGUGGUGGCUUAUGUGUCUAGAUAUUUCACCUCUGACACACCGUUGCUGUUGUUAGUUGCAUUCCAUUUUAACUUCCUCAUAGAACCCUUUUUACAUCACAAGUAAAAACAGAGAAAAGAACCCCGUCAUGUAAAAGCUGCUCCCUCCCUCUGCAUUUGCACCUGUGGUUUAC